CCCAGUCCCCGGGACCCCAGACCCUUCCCUGGCCCUGCUGACGUCCCUUGGAGCGAGGAGGACAGGAGAUGGGCACCUGAUGACCGUCCCCCUUGGGAUGACCGUCCCCCUUGGGAUGACAGAGAUUUCCGAGGACCUGAGGAUCGCUUCCGAGAGGGUUGGCACCCGCCCGGUCCCUGGGACCCCAGACCCUUCCCUGGCCCUGACAACAUCCCUUGGAAUGAGGAGGACAGGAGAUGGGCACCCGAUGACCGUCCCCCUUGGGAUGAUCGUCCCCCUUGGGAUGACAGAGAUUUCCAAGGACCCGAGGAUCACUUCCGAGAGGGCUGGCACUCG